GUCUGCGCGACCAGAGCGUUCCCCAACAACACCCCUUUGGGUCUAGUUGGCAGUACGGACAAGCGUUUUCUCGGCCCCGACACGCUCGUCACUUCAAUGUCGGCAUUUAGAAGUCUAAUCUAAGAAUGCUGAACUUCAUAUCCCCCAAACCUACUGUAGGGAAAGGUGCCUGCAUGUGGCUAAAUGAGACAACAGCUUGAAAACCCGCCAACUUCAUAUGCCCAAAGCCUGCCGACGACGUUCACGUAUCGCCCAUGGGCAGACGCCCAACAGAAGCCCUCAUCUUGAUAGAUGAUCACUGCUCGACGAAUGCGUCGGCGGACGCGCGUUCACAAGCAUGGCCACCGGUCAACUGGACAGCAUUCUGAGACGCGAUGACAAGUUCCUAAAGGAGAUGUGGACUUGGUUCGGUGUAGGAGCUCUCGUCAUACUGUUGCGGUUUUUCGUAAGAAUCCGCAUGGUCGGCCCUAGAGGUCUCAAGGGAGAUGACUACACAAUGCUUGUUACUUUGUUCUUAUACACAGUCUGUUUUGUGAUGGUCGACCUAGUGUAUCGAUACGGCACGAACGUGGAUCUCACAGCCGCUCAAAUCAACACUCUAUCCGAUGACGAAGUUGCACGACUUGUUCAAGGUUCUAAAUUUCAGCAAAUAGCUUGGUAUUCAUACACCGCAUAUCUAUGGUCUAUGAAAGCAACCUUGUUAUUUUUCUAUAAGCGAAUGACUUUUGAUUUGUGGCAGAGUGCGAGAGUGCUGAAACACUUGGCCUGGUUCACAAUUUUGUCAUACCUUGUUGUGCUCGGAACAAUAACGUUUAGUUGCAUACCAUUUUCAGAUAAUUGGGGAGUGAGGCCCCUGCCAAGUGAAAAGUGUGUUUUCAAGGCCCAAAAUCUGUUGGUAUCGACAUUUCUCAAUGUUGUGACCGAUGCAGCCAUUCUUUGUCUGCCCCUGCCUGUUCUAAAAGAAAUCAGGGUACCCUUCUACAAGAAAGUCUUCAUAGCAGUACUGAUAUGUUCCGGCUUAUUCGUCAUCGCGGCCGCGAUCAUGCGAGUUGCGGUAACUUUAGGGUCAGAGCCUUCAACAAUUACAGUGAACCGAUGGGGAGUCCGAGAAUGCGAAGUCGGUCUAAUUGCUGUCAACGCACCCAUUUUACGUCCUUUAUUCUCCCGCAGGUUUUGGCAGUGGCAUUACCGACCGCCAGCUCGCCCGUCAAAUCCUAUGGAAAGUGCAAGAAGGAGCCGAACAACAGUUGGCGGCCACAGACGGAGAGUCAUCAAAGAAGACUCGCUUCUUGGGUGGGUGAGUUCUACUACCUCAAGAAUAGGAACCAUUGUGGGAGGGGCUCGAGAUCAUGGGAACACAGUGGACGUGGAAUUAGGGGAUGCGGCCAGUGAACAGGAGCUGGAGCCUCUUGACAAGGGGGAGGAUAAUGAAGGACAGAGUUCUCAUAUCCCUGCCGAUGACGAGACAGCGAGAACCGAUUGAGUCAGCAUUCAAAUACUCAUCGGCUGCAAUUGGAGAGGAUCACAUGAAGAGAACAGCGGCGCAUUUACAAAUUGUUUGGUGUCAAAGACAAGCGAAUCUGAGAAGAAUACCCAGCCAUGUAGUAGCACAAUAGAGUUGGUGGCUUACACUUGUGUGACUUAAGUCCGUCGGAUUAAUGCCAACUCCACCAGAG